CGAUUGGCUGUGGCCGCCCGGCCCGGUAUCCGGGUAAGAUGGCCGCAGUCGGAGAGUGCUCGGUCCCCGUUCCGUGGAAUUCGGUGUCUCUCACUCACGUCGAGUACCCGGCAGGUGACUUCACCGGCCGUCUCCUCGCCUACCUUAGCCUGAGUCCCAUCUUCAUCAUCGUGGGCUUCGUCACCCUCAUCGUCUUCAAGAGAGAGCUACACACGAUCUCUUUCCUAGGUGGGCUAUGUUUCAACGAAGGUGUAAAUUGGUUAAUCAAGAACAUUGUCCAGGAACAGAGGCCUUGCCCAGAAGCCCAUCCGUCUGUCUACUCGAAGUAUGCGAUGCCUUCCAGCCAUUCCCAAUUUAUAUGGUUUUUCUCUGUGUAUUCGUUCCUCUUCCUUUAUUUAAGGAUGCACCAAACCAACAAUGCCAGGUUCCUGGACUUGCUGUGGAGACACGUGUUGUCCGUCUGCCUUUUAACCUUGGCCUGUCUAGUCUCAUACAGCAGGGUUUACUUACUGUAUCACACCUGGAGCCAAGUUGUCUACGGAGGUUUUGUAGGAAGCUUCAUGGCUGCCCUUUGGUUUCUCUUCACGCAGGAAAUCCUAACGCCAUUGUUCCCGAGGAUAGCUGCAUGGCCCUUAUCCGAGUUUUUCCUAAUCCGAGACACCAGCCUCAUCCCCAACAUCUUAUGGUUCGAAUACGCCGUCAGCAGAGCAGAAGCCAGGAACCGACAGCGUAAACUGGGCACCAAACUGCAAUGAGCGCCAAAGUCUCCGGUAUCGGACUAUGCAGUUCUGUAUCCCGGCAGGCUGGAACGGAGACACCUGCCCAGAUCUUUUUGAGGACGUAGCAAGGCGGCUUUUAUGAGACGGAUCGACGUGAUCGGGCAGGGACCAACCACCGAAGACCCCAGAGGCCUUUUCCAACACGCUGGAUCAAUCCUGCUGCAUGCCGAGUCCACCCACGAAGCAGAAAACCAUUUAUAUAUCGCAGGCGCACAGCGUUAAGACCGGAUGCUACCCCGGGAUGCACCGGGAAGCAAUUUUUUGGGGGGGGAAGGGGGCACAAGCACCGCUAAAUUGGAUGGGGAGAGGGGAGAAGGCGAGGCAGGCCGUUGGCAUAGUCCAUCCACUUCAGCCAAGCUUGCAUUCAGGCACCGGUCGGUCGGUCGGUCGGUUGUACCUGUGAAUAUUUUAAGUUGGGGCCGGGAGGGACCACGUACGCCUUGGGGGGACACGCCCGAUAUAGCUCUGUGACUUUUCUAUUGAAUUUCUUUCUUCUUUUUUUUUAAACAAAAGAACAGAAAAGGAAAAAAAAGCAAUUUGCAGCAUGCAAUCCACGCACUAUUUAUAUAAUCAUGGGUUGUUCAGUUAGGCGAAGGGGAACAGCAGGGACCGUGUUGAGCCUGCUUUUCGGGGGGUGGAGGGCGGGGGGGGAAACGGCCAGCUCACUGCCACUGAAAGAGAGUCGGGGGCAAAAUUAAUCAAGGUUAGAGAGCAGGGAGGUGGAGGGGGAUUCUGCAUUUUGUUUAAGCCAGGGUUGUCCAACCUUGAUGACUUUUUAAGACUUGUGGACUUCAACUCCCAGAAUUCCCCAGCCGGCUUGGCUUUGCCAGGCUGGGGAAUUCUGGCAGUUGAAGUCCACAAGUCUUAAAAAGUCGCCAAAGUUGGACCUCUUGGCUUAAGCAGUCUGCAGGUUGCUUUGAAUACAAGUGCUUUUCCUACACUCUUUACUAAAGUUACCCGACAACCUUAAUUAAAGGAUUUGCAUGUGCUGAUCAAUACAGCAGCAAAAAAAUUAUCCACCAUGCUUUUUUUUUUUUUUUAAAUCACAUCCUGGUACUGAGAUUAUGUAACCGAAUUUGUGGCUCUUUCUGAGUGCCAAGGGGAUGGAUUCCCCCCUGUGAUUGGAACUCCUUUCCUUCCCUUUCUUUCCACGCCCCGAUCCAGAGUUCAUCCCCAAAUCAGCUUUGCUGGUUUUUAAGGAAGGCCCACAAAUGGAAACCUCCCCGCGUUCGGUGGCGAGCGAUGGGGCUUGUAGUUCAAGGGAAUUAGAAGGCAUGGGGGGGGGCUCGUUUAUAAAGGAUUCCCUCUGCCACCCCUUCAAAACUUUUAAAUAAUAAACGUGUUUUUAUGGUCGCG